AUGGACUUCGUCAUGAAGCAGGCCCUUGGAGGGGCCACCAAGGAUAUGGGGAAGAUGCUGGGGGGAGAGGAGGAGAAGGACCCAGACGCGCAGAAGAAGGAGGAGGAGCGACAGGAGGCUCUGCGGCAGCAGGAGGAGGAGCGUAAGGCCAAGCAUGCGCGCAUGGAGGCUGAGCGCGAGAAGGUCCGGCAGCAGAUCCGAGACAAGUACGGGCUGAAGAAGAAGGAAGAGAAGGAGGCAGAGGAGAAGGCAGCCCUGGAGCAGCCGUGCGAGGGGAGCCUGACCCGGCCCAAGAAGGCCAUCCCUGCAGGCUGCGGGGACGAGGAGGAGGAAGAGGAGGAGAGCAUCCUGGACACGGUGCUCAAAUACCUCCCGGGGCCACUGCAGGACAUGUUCAAGAAGUAA